CUCGACCGAGGGGCGCCUGGGUACUGGGUGGUCUGCUGCCACGCAACCCACUGUCGCUUUUCCGAGGUGUGCUGCGGUGGGAAAACAGUAGUCGCGGUGUUAAAGGUUAGGGAUCUGCGAUACGUUCGACACAGAGGACGGAGCGGCUACUCCAACUCUCACUGUUGGGUUGGGUCCCCUUACUCCGGUGCUUGCUUAUCGACUCUCACCGGCUCAAAGCCCGCCCACUGUACACGCGGAGACCUCCACUUCCGCUUUCACCUUCCACCGAACAAAAUGGCUGAGGAGCAAGAGUCUGUGGUGCAACUCCCUCCCUCAGGCGCGGCUGACAGCGAAGGACCUGCGGACGUCUCCCCAGGAACAGCCACUCCGGAGCCCCCUUCUUCCGCUGCAGUCUCCCCAGGAACAGAGGAACCUACCGGCGACACCAAGAAAAAAAUUGACAUCCUGCUAAAGGCUGUGGGAGACACCCCUAUAAUGAAAACAAAGAAGUGGGCUGUAGAGCGAACCCGAACCAUCCAAGGACUCAUUGACUUCAUCAAAAAGUUCCUUAAACUUGUGGCUUCAGAACAGUUGUUUAUUUAUGUGAAUCAGUCCUUUGCCCCUUCUCCUGACCAGGAAGUUGGAACCCUCUAUGAGUGUUUUGGCAGUGAUGGUAAACUGGUCCUACAUUACUGCAAAUCUCAGGCAUGGGGAUAAACUACAGAAAAGAUCUUGAUACCUAAAAUGAACCUUCUCAAAGGAAACAGCUCUGAAAAGUUUUGACACUUUUGGAAAGAGACUUGUGAAUAUGAUCUACUCAGCAUGUUAAUCUGCUAUGACCCAUGUUUAUACAUUUUGAAAAUUCAUAGAGUCACAAAAAUGUGAUUUGCAUUGCAGAAAUCAUGAUAAAAGAUUGACAUUAGAGUAUACCCAGUACUACAGCUAUUUCUCCUUAUAUGCCUCCAAGAUGUUAAAAAGGAGACUAAGAUUGUAAAAGCCUCUGUUACCAGUUCUUAAAAUUAUUUACUUGUAGAAUUAACACUCUGCUUACUGUUUUUCCACUGUAAAAGUCAGUUUAGUUUACUAAAGUAUUCUUUUUGUGCUUAUUCUGGGAAGUUCAAUUUGUUCAAGGUAUGGACAUUUAUAUUUAUACCUACAGUAUUACAAAACAAAAUCUCAUUGUCCUGCUGGUUUUUUACCAUACAUAGUCCAGUAGAGGGCAGCCCAGCUGGCAGAAAGAGACAUUUGGUUUUACAUCUUUGCCAGAUGAUAAUGGAAGAAAAAAGUGUCCUGCUCAUUUCUAGCAAACAUCUAGCCAAGACAACAUGUAUAUUAACACACUGGAAGACUGUUUUAGAGAAUAUGCAUGGUUUAGAUUUAACUUUUAUUGGAAAACAAAAGGAAUUUUACAAAUUUUGGACAAAUUUCAGUCCAAUCAUUUGAUGAGUCUUGAGCCCCAGUGGUUAUAGUUGUGGUGACAUUCUCUUAUUUUUACAGUGUCAAAAGCACUCAAGUAAAGGUGACAACAUCUUUGAGUUUUUUAUAAUGAAUUUUUUCAACCUGAAAAUGCUGAAAGAAUUACUGGAAAAAGCCUAGUUUUUAAUGCAUAUUUCAUGCCGUGACUAAAAGUACCUUUUUUCUAAUGCUAUUAGAGUGGUAUUUGCUUGAAGUGAGAUUUAACAUUUUUUCUCUAUUCUGUACUAUAUUUGUAAUAUAGUAUUUAAAAAGUGUCAUUUCACUGAUGUGUGGAAUCUGAAAAACUAAACAAAUGAACAAGCAAACAGAGUCAUAGAUCCAGAAUAAGUGAUUGUUGCCAGAGGGUUGGGUGGUAGGGUAUGGGCAAAAAAUGGUGAAGGGGGUUAAGAGGUACAAAACUAUAAGUCACAGAGAUGGAAAGUACAGCACAGGGAAUACAGUCAACAAUAUCACAGUAACUUUGUACGGUGACACAUGGAUAGUUGACUUUGUGGUGAUCAUUUUUGUAGGGUGUAUAAAUAUGAAAACUCAACAUGCUAUACAGAUGAAACUAAUAUAAUAUUGUAUGUCAAUUAUAGUUAAAAAGAGCUUUACAUUCCAGAAUAAAAAUUAGACACGAAUCCAAAAAAAAAAAGGCAUUUCAGUAAAUUGAAUGGAAUAUCAAAACGGUCUAAAGUGUGACAAGAAUUCUAAGUAUUUAUUUUCAAAGGUAAUGGGCAUGGUAUGGUUUUGUCAGGGGACUUUGUACUAUACUUAAUGUCCGUUAAAUCCUAGAAUGUACUUUAUGGUUAAUGAUCUGCCAUACAUUAGCAUUAAAGGAUACUAAGGAACAAUUGAAUUUAUGGUGAUAAAAUCACUUUUCAGUUCUCAUUUUCUGUCCAAGAAUGGACUCUUAAGUCCCCUUAUACCGAUGUUCCUGUGUAAUAACUUAAUACACCUAGUAGUUAGCAGUGGAAUAAUACAAGUUAAACUGUGCAAAUUUAUCUUGUAAGACUAAGUAAGAAAUUUGUAUACAUAUUGAAAACUGGAAAGUAUUUUCAAGUCACAUAUGUUGGAUAUAGAAAAGAACUCAACUUCAUUUAUAGUUUAUUGAAGGAUGUGAAAAUAUUUAUAUGCAUAUAUAGUUAACAAAAAUGUGUUUCACUUAUAUUUAUUACUAAGGUUUCAGGUGAUGGACUAUUUACUACCUCAAUAAGCAAAACGUCUUGAGUUUGAAUUUGUGACAUCAGUUGUUAAUUUUUAAUCUAAAGAAUUUAGUAAUUGAUUAAAUCUAAGGUUAGCUAAAUAUGUAUAUCCCGUGCUUGGUUUUUUUCCCUAAUAACCUUGAAGAACAUAGCAUAGGGCUUUACACUAUUACAAACCAUAUUUACACUAUUAUCUCUUAAUCCUUACCCAAAGAGUGAAUCAUUUUACACUAACUUUGCAACAUCUACUUGUAAGCCUGGGUCUCAUACGUUAUUGGGUGACUGGAACCUUAUAUACAAUUCACAAAUACUUUUGCAGAUAUCUGGUUUAAAUUGUUAACUGUAAUUGAACUUGGAGGGGGGACUGAACCCUCAGGUCAUAUUUUGUUUUCCCCGUUUAUGAGAAAAUCAAUGUCAGUAUGUCAUGCUUUAUCUUACUGUACAAAGAUGACCUACAACAUACAGUUGCAUGUGUAAUUAUUAGACUAUUGGACUAUACCUAGGACUUCAUAAUGAGUUUCUCAUACUUAGGGUAUAAGGUAAGCUAAAUAAUAUUAGAUACUUCCUGGAAUCUAAUUUUCUAGACUUUUUAACCCUGAAGGCAUCUUAAAUAUCAUCUACUCAAAUCACAUUACAAAACUGAAAGAAGUGCAGACUAUGCCCUCCAUCAUAUAGCAUUAGUCAACUAGUUGUAUGUAACCCAAAGUGGGAAAGUGCAGUGUUCAAGGGGUAUGAAAAUUGCCUUUCAUGCAUUUUCUAUCUCAUUUUCCAAGGAUUAUAAUAUACUGGGUAGGCUUCUGGCACCAGGGAGGUCAGCUGCACACUACCUAAUGGGAGGGAAAGUACUCGGAAAGCAGUGCAGCAGGUUUAGUCUUACAAGUAAUUCCCCUGAAACAUUCAAACCACACUAUUCCCUGAACCUGCCUUCUUUUUUCUGUUUCUUACAUCUCCUAUUUUUCAGUUAUGAAAGUGCACUUACCAUUACCCCUUCAAUUCCUGCGUCUACCUAAUUCACGUUUUAACUUCUUAAAGCUUGUCUGAAUCAGUCAAAGGGACAUACUCUCUCCCUCAUAAAAACAGUUACAGUAAACGACCACUCCUGCAGCACUGCUCCAUACUACAUUGUAAGCAUUGUGUUCAACACCCUUUCAUGAUUGUAUCCACAUAUGUCCCUAAAAAUAGGAUUUUUAAAAUUUUCUAUUUGGUACCCAUAUACAUAAUACUUAUGCAUACCUAAUCAGUAAUUCAUUAUAAAUUGAGUGAAUGAAAUAAAGUGUGGCUUUCAAAGAAUGGUUUAAUUUGGAAAAACAACAGUAAAGAAAAUUUGUGUGCAGUAGUCCCCACUCACCCAUGACCUCCAGUGGAUUCCUAAAACCCUGGGUAGUACUGAACCCUACAGAUGGUACGUUUUUUAACUAUGAUGUAAUAAAAGUGAUGUGAAUGGUGUCUCUCAAAAUACACUCUUCCCUUCCUUGUGAUGAUGUGAGAGGAUAACAGUGCCUGCAUGAUGAGAUGGCUUCCCGUAACAACAAAACCUGAAGACCUUACAAGGUGAUCUGCAGUCCCCACUUUCGCAUAUCUGUUCAUCUUUGUUGUUAUUAAAAAACUAAGUUU